AAAGCUUUAUGUCCUGAGAGAAGCCAUUGGAGCCAGCUCUGGACUCAUUAUCCCUGAUGGCCCCAAGGUGCUCCUUAUACCACGAGGGGUUGUGUGUCCGAAUCUGCCUCCCGCGGAGCAGACCGCUCUUCUCCCCUUUCGUCCUUUCGGUGCACUAACAGCUCUCGCCCGGUCCCUAGAGGCUACUGCGCUUUUAGUCCACGGGACAGUAGUACGGCUCAAGGAAUGAGAGUAGAGCUGGAAAGUCCCGAGUAGGAUCACCCCGCCAGAAGCCCUGAUCCUUCUUCAGUUUUGAGGGGGCAAAAAAAACGCCAGUGGCGUGAAAGCUCAGGGGAGCUCACAGCGCGCGGGGGUACUUCCUGAAAAGUUGAUUGGCUGCCGCUCUAAAGGGCGGUAAGGGCCGUCCGCCUCACGGGAAGCCAGUGCGCCAAAGGACCCGGACCUGGGUCCGCUUAGGUGUAGAGCGCGCGGACGGGGACCGGAAGACGGGCUUCGCCCACUUCUUUCUUUCUUUGUUUUCUUUAAAUGCGCUUCGUUCUUUUGGUCUUACCGUGCAGUAUAUAGAAAAUACAGAUAACCAAAUACGAAAGGAGAAAUCUCCCGCCACCACUCUGAGACAGUGCUUAAAGUCCAGUCGCUUCUCCCGGAAAGUUUCGGGGGCUGAGCGGCGUCACCAUUGGCUGAAUGCUCCGCCUUAACUCGAGUGCACCAGCUCUCCUCGCAAACUGGGUAUUCUAGCUCCCCUAAGAAUCCUGCGAAUCCCGAGCAGCGCUCCUGGAAAAGAAUUUCUGCUUGGAAGUUGAAUGGCUUCGAGGGAAAUGACCGUCCGUGUUGUUUUGGACACUGACUAUGCUGAGCUGGUUCUAGAUGUGGGAAAAGUCACUUUCGGGGAGAAGAAUAGAAAAAAAAUGAAAGAUUGUCAAUUGAGAAAAAAGCAGAAUGAAAACGUCUCACAAUCUGUGGUUGCUUUGCUGAAUUCUGGAGGGGGCGUGUGCAGGGCUGAAAUUGAGAAUGAAAACUAUAGUUAUGAAAAAGAUGGAAUAGGAUUAGAUUUGGAAAAUUCUUUUUCCAAUAUUGUUUCGUUUGUUUCUAAAUACUUAGACUUUAUGCAGCAAGGUAAAUAUUUUCUGAUUUUUGUCAAAUCGUGGAGCUCAGAAACCUCUGGGUUGAGGAUUGCCACCUUGAGCUCCAAUUUGUACAAAAGAGAUAUAACCUCUGUAAAAGUCAUGAAUGCUACCGCUGCACUGGAAUUCCUCAAAGACAGGCUAGAAGCUGGAGAGGGAUUUUCUUUAAUACCUAAAUCAUCUCCAAAGAGGUACCGUUUUGAUGUACAAGAAGAAAGUAGCAUGAAGGCCUUGGCUGCUGACUUUUUUAAUAGGAUGCAACUCAGGUACAGAGAAAAACUCACCUUUACUGAAUCCACACAUGUUGAAAUGAAAGACUACUCAACAGAAAAGUUGUUACAACGCAUUAAAGAUAUUCUCCCUCAAUAUGUUUCUGCAUUUUCAAAUACUCAUGGGGGAUAUUUGUUUAUUGGUUUAAGUGAAAAAAAUCAAGAAGUAACUGGCUUUAAAGCAGAGAAGAGUGACCUUGACAAGAUAGAAAAAGAAAUAGAACAAUGCAUUAGCAAGUUUCCUGUCUAUCACUUCUGUAUAGAGAAGAAGAAGAUAAAUUAUUCAUGCAAAUUCCUUGAAGUAUAUGAUGAAGGAAGUCUUUGUGGAUAUGUCUGUGCGCUCAAAAUAGAGCUAUUCUGUUGUGCAGUAUUUGCCAAAAAGCCAAAUUCCUGGCAUGUGAAAGAUAAUCAAGUGAUGCAGCUGACCGUGGAGGAAUGGUGCCAAUUAAUGCUGGAUCCUGAACCAAGUGAGGAAGGGGGAUUAGAAAUAAGGGUAUAUUUGGCUGGGAUGGCAAAGCUUUUUUUUUCUCUUGGAUUUGGAAAAGCACAUUACCUCCUCUCUGUAGCACUGCCUGAUUUUUCCAGGUCAUUUGAAGAGAUGAACCUUCAACAAAGUAUGUUAUCACCUAUACCCCUUGAUGGGUCUCUGUAUAAAUAUAAGAAUUUGGAAAGUCAGGAGCAGAGAUAUCACCUUACAGUGCCAUCAGAAAAGGUGACAUAUGUUCCAGAAAUCCUCUAUGAGAAACUGUUCUCACAACACAAAGGACUUGCACAGUUAAUACAUAAUGAAAUAGGCUCCGUUCGUCAAGGUACAUUGAUCUUUUCUAAGAGCUGGUCUUUGGAUCUGGGCUUGCAAGAGAACCAGAAAGUCAUCUGUGAUGCACUUCUAAUUGCCCAGGACCGUCCACCAGUCUUAUACACCUUCCUCAGGGAACUGAAUAAGGAAUUAAAAGGUUAUUCUAUACAAACUGCCUUAACUUUAAAGAAGAAACUGGUAAAAAUUGGUGGUUACAGUGGGAAAGUGUGUGUCAUGACAAAGAUCUAUUGGAGUGAAGAAUCUUCUACAUUGACUGAAGGCAAUAUAAGCCUUCUUCAUGACUCAAGCUUAUCUGCAAUUUACCCUAAGUCCUACACUCUUAUAACCACUCAAACAAUGAGUGACUUGAAGAAGGCCCUUUUUAUAGUCUUGAAGAGGCUCAGAACUUUGAAUGACCAAUUUGACUCUGAGAUUUCUCAACACCUCUCAGAUAAUCAGUAUGGAUUACUUUCAGAGGAAUGAAAAAAGGAUGUUUAAAUAUUGUCUAAGGCUCACCUGAACCAUGGAAAGUAGACCAAGGUACAAAGAUGUUUUUCAUUAUAUAGUCAAUGGUGUUCUCAAAUUCUGGAAAAUAUGCCUCUGAAAAGCUUUGCAAGGAAGACAACAUGAUGGGACCUUGGAAAAUCAAAUUUAGUCUUCAUUUAUUUCUUCCUAAAUGGUCUUCAUAGGUGUUGCUUAAGAGUUAUUAAGAAAAUAAAUUUGUUAAUUAUGCUGUGCACAGUUUGUUAUUUACUCCAUGCAUAGUUUAUGGAUAAAUUGCCUUCCACUUUUAAGUUGGGAAAAAUGGCAAUACUUUUAUUUUUAAUAACAACAACAACGGAAAUUCCCAGGAUAUACCCAGAAAACCUUUAUAACUUAGAAAAGAUUAUGAUUGAUGACAUUCAGAGUAUUUAUAAUGGAAAUGAAGAAGAGGCAAAAUUUAUUACCCAUCCUGCAAAAUUCUCUGCAUUUUCUUGGAUGACUUUUACACUAUUCACUUGGAGGAGUUAGGGCUUGUUGAAUUGCUCAGCUGGUACCCUUAAGAACUCAGCAGAAUCGUCAUUUUAACAUUCGGAAUUGAAGGUGAUACAGAGUUUUCCAGACAGGCAAAAGAUAAAGGAGUUCAUCACCACUAGACUGGUGGUACAAGAAAUGUGAAAGGGUCUUGUUUAAGCUGAAAUGAAAGGGUGCUAAUUAGUACAGAUGGUCUCUGUCUUAAGAUGGUUCGACUUAGGGUUUUUUGACUUUAUGAUGGUGCAAAAGUGAUUCGCAUUCAGUAGAAACCAUACUUCAAAUUUUGAAUUUUGAUCUUUUCCUAAGCUAGUCACAUGCGAUAUGAUAUUCUCUUAUGAUGCUGGGCAGUGGCAGUGAGCCACAACUCCCCAUCAGCCAUGCGAUCAUGAGGGUUAAACAACCGAUACUCUAUAGUAUAUUGUGUUGCUUCCUGCUUCUGAUGAGAAGAACAGGAAGGCAAUUACUCUUGAGUUGAAACUCAAGAUAAUUGCCCUGCAUGAAAGUAGAAAGCCAGUAAUGGCCAUCACAUGUGAGUUAGGACUUUUGCAAUCGAUGAUCUCGACCAUCUUAAAGGAUAAGCGAAUCAGUGAUGCAAUGAAAUUGCCAGCAUCAGUUACAUCCACUGUCUUCAUGAAGAAAUUAGCUGGGCUAAUUGAUGAUAUGAAAAAAUUUAUCGACACUAGAGUGGAAUACCAGAUACAGAAGUGCAUACCACUUAGCCUACUGAGGAUCUAGGCUAAGGCAAUAAGUUUUUUCCAUACACUGAAAGAGCAUGCUGGGACUUCCCUGGUGGCGCAGUGGUUAAGACUCCGUGCUUCCAAUGCAGGGC